UCUCUCUGGGGAGGCAGUGAGAUGGCUGGGGGACUAGGCCAUCCUGGGGACUCCCGGAAGAUGGUGGGCGACAUGACGGGAGCCAAGAGCUACGCCUCCACCGCCAAGUGCCUGAACAUCUGCGCCCUGGGCUUCAGCCUCCUCGGGGUCAUCGUGGUCAUCAUCCUUCUUGCCACCGGGACAAUAAUGACCUUAAAAGGCACUUCACAAAUGGUGAACCGUGGCGGCUACUAG